AUGCAUAACUUCCAUAAAUGUAGAAGCACAGGCUGUACUAGCAUUUCAAAAGAGGAGCUGGAUCAAUUAAAGAUGACAAAAAGAAAGAUAGUUUUCACCACGAGUGGUUGAUCCGGAAAGAGACAAGAAUUGUUCACAUACCGCAAUCUGGUGUCUUGUUUAUGUACAAAAUGAAGGUAUAUACUGCCUUCUUUGCGUAAACAUAAAAGCAAGUCAGCCCAGAACAGAAGCGAGACAUUCUCAAAUGAGUCAUCUACUAGGUCAAAUAGAAUGCAGUAACCAAACACAUAAGCAGUGCUAAACACAAAACAACAGUUAAGAAUGAGCGGCUAAAUCAGGUUUCCCACUUUCGAAAACAGGUGGAUGAAAAGGAAAGCACAAAGGUUUUAGUUGUUCAAGAAGCUUUUCACGCCAUGUACUGGCUUGCCAAGGAGUCCAUAGCCAACAGGAAGCUAAAAUCCCUCCUCAAGCUGAUGGAGCACUUAGGUCUUUAA